AUGCUCAAAUUGAAACGAAUACCCUAUGUCUGGAAAAUUCUGUUAUGUUUUCUUCUUGUCGCUCGGACCAAUGGAGUUUCCGUGAAGAAAGUCUCAUCGAUGGACGACGAUGCGAAUGAACUAGCGCGACUAGUAGAGAUGUUCUGGUCACUGAAGCCUGAUGUACUUCAAAGACAAGGACCGUUAGUAUUAUGUGAAUUUAUCGAUCAAUACUGUGCAACGGCAACAAGUCGAAUGCGAGCAAUAUCGGUGAUGAUAUCUUCAAUUGUAAAUGAUUAUCAUAGCAGGAAACCUUACAAUCAAGUAUUAAACGUCUGUGUGAAUUCAACGGGAUUGGAAAGUAUUGAAAAAUCUUCUUCGUUGUUACAACGGUUGAUUUCACCAAUGAUUACAAACGAUGAUAAACUGAAUAUUCGACAGUACCGACGAGUUAUUUUGAACUAUACCUCAGAGCUCAAUGAUUUAAUUAGUUACAUGAACAAAUCAUGCAAUGCUGAAGAGAUCCACGCACUAGUAUGCUUGUCAAAUACAGAAUUGAUAAAAAGAUGUACUCUGAAGAUGCUUCGAGACAUGCACGAUCAAAGUACUUUGGAUAUUUAUGAAGAUUAUAUACAAAAAACUAAAGAUAUUUUCACUGAUAUCAACAUACAGUUAUCUAUGGCGGAUAAAGAAUUUGAAUAA